AUGGACGGUCAACACUGCCCGUACGGGAAUGUACCGCCCACGUCGCAUGAAGCAACGAUGCGUAACUUCGAAAACCCGAUGAUAACCGCUACAAAUCGUUGUGAAUAUGUGUUAAGAGCCUUCACAACGCCUACGCGCCCUUGUGCCAGCCUCAUAACUUCCGAAGAACUAGAAUCAUACCUUCAUCUUAAACAGCCCCUCCCGGCAUACCUGCAGAGCUACGGCCCCGAAGCAUCCCCACUGCAGGACUAUGUUCCAAGCAACAAUCUCACAUUGGAUUCAUCUGGCAGCAUAGUUCCGCCAACCCUGGCUGCCACGACAGAAGAAAUUCGGAAGGCUGAAAAAAGACAGAGAACCCUUUGCUGCUGCGGGUCGUAUGACGAGUAA